CCUUUGUGCGGUGUCCUCAUCCAGCCCCCAUCACACCGCUGGCCCGACUGGUCCCGGCGACUGGGUUUUUGCUGCCCAGGUCGACUCAGGGCACAACCAGGGCUGGAGAAUCCGGAUUAUCGCCUAGGCCUAACUUCGGACCGCGCUCUAGAUUUCUACCGCGUCCCGCCUCUAGUCCCGCCUCUAGGGCGCCGAAUCCCCGUGGGGUCCCCGGAGGUUGGAGGGUAGAUCUUAAGGUGGCAGUAGAAACAUAGAGAGCCUUUAAUUGUGCCAGGAAUAUUGCCAACAUCGGGGCCUAUUAAAGAUAAACCACAUUUUUCAGAGGUUUUAAAAAGAGGGGCACUCAUACAUGUGGAGUUAUACCCCUACUUUUUUUUUUAACCACUAGGAUCAACAGUGAUAAUGACCGAGUGUACAAGCCUUCAGUUUGUCAGUCCUUUUGCUUUUGAGGCAAUGCAGAAGGUGGAUGUUGUUCGUUUGGCAUCUUUAAGUGAUCCAGAAUUAAGACUUCUCCUGCCCUGCUUGGUGCGGAUGGCACUUUGUGCUCCUGCUGACCAGAGCCAAAGCUGGGCUCAGGAUAAAAAACUCAUCCUUCGUCUUCUCUCUGGAGUGGAAGCUGUCAAUUCCAUUGUUGCUUUGUUGUCUGUGGACUUUCAUGCUUUAGAACAGGAUGCCAGCAAAGAACAGCAGCUUAGGCAUAAACUUGGAGGAGGCAGUGGAGAGAGCAUCCUGGUAUCACAGCUGCAGCAUGGACUGACUUUAGAGUUUGAACACAGUGAUUCACCUCGACGAUUGCGUCUUGUGCUUAGUGAACUUUUGGCAAUUAUGAACAAGGUAUCUGAGUCCAGUGGAGAAUUUUUUUUCAAGUCAUCUGAGCUAUUUGAGAGUCCAGUCUAUUUGGAGGAAGCUGCAGAUGUACUUUGUAUUUUACAAGCAGAGCUCCCAUCCCUGCUUCCUAUAGUUGAUGUAGCUGAAGCCUUGCUCCAUGUUAGAAAUGGUGCCUGGUUCUUAUGUCUGUUGGUGGCCAAUGUUCCUGAUAGUUUUAAUGAAGUUUGUAGGGGCCUGAUCAAAAAUGGAGAACGACAAGAUGAAGAGAGUCUUGGAGGAAGGCGGAGGACGGAUGCCUUACGCUUCUUAUGUAAAAUGAAUCCUUCUCAGGCCCUGAAGGUCCGAGGCAUGGUGGUGGAAGAAUGUCACUUGCCAGGUCUUGGAGUGGCUUUGACCUUGGAUCAUACUAAAAAUGAAGCUAGUGAAGAUGGAGUGAGUGACUUGGUUUGUUUUGUUAGUGGUUUACUUCUUGGAACAAAUGCGAAAGUCCGGACUUGGUUUGGAACUUUUAUCCGAAAUGGACAGCAGAGAAAAAGAGAGACCAGUAGUUCUGUCCUUUGGCAAAUGAGAAGGCAGCUUCUUCUGGAGUUGAUGGGCAUUCUUCCCACAGUAAGAAGUACCCGCAUUGUGGAAGAAGCUGAUGUGGAGAUGGAGCCCAAUGUGUCUGUGUAUUCGGGGCUGAAAGAAGAGCAUGUUGUGAAAGCCAGUGCACUCUUACGUCUGUACUGUGCUUUGAUGGGGAUCGCUGGACUCAAACCAACUGAGGAAGAAGCUGAGCAGUUACUGCAGUUGAUGACAAGCCGUCCUCCUGCCACACCAGCUGGAGUUCGCUUCGUUUCACUUUCCUUUUGUAUGCUCCUGGCCUUUUCUACACUUGUCAGUACGCCUGAACAGGAGCAGCUAAUGGUAGUGUGGCUAAGUUGGAUGAUAAAAGAAGAAGCUUAUUUUGAGAGUACUUCAGGCGUCUCUGCUUCUUUUGGGGAGAUGUUACUAUUGGUUGCUAUGUACUUUCAUAGCAACCAACUUAGUGCUAUCAUUGACUUGGUCUGUUCUACUUUGGGGAUGAAGAUUGUAAUUAAGCCAAGCUCCUUGAGCAGGAUGAAGACUAUCUUCACACAGGAAAUUUUUACUGAGCAGGUUGUCACAGCUCAUGCAGUUCGUGUCCCUGUCACCAGCAACCUGAGUGCCAACAUUACUGGAUUUUUGCCUAUUCAUUGUAUUUACCAGCUUCUGAGGAGUCGUUCCUUUACAAAGCACAAAGUAUCAAUAAAAGACUGGAUUUAUAGACAGCUCUGUGAAACCUCCACUCCACUCCAUCCUCAACUACUUCCUCUGAUUGACGUGUACAUAAAUUCUAUACUUACUCCUGCAUCUAAAUCUAAUCCAGAAGCCACAAAUCAGCCAGUCACAGAACAGGAGAUACUUAAUAUUUUCCAAGGAGUCAUUGGGGGUGACAACAUCCGCCUUAAUCAGCGUUUCAGUAUCACAGCACAGCUUUUGGUGCUUUAUUAUACACUGUCUUACGAAGAAGCUCUCCUAGCAAACACAAAGACUUUAGCUGCCAUGCAAAGAAAGCCCAAAUCAUAUUCGUCUUCUUUAAUGGAUCAGAUUCCCAUCAAAUUUCUUAUUCGACAGGCUCAAGGACUGCAGCAGGAGUUGGGAGGGUUGCAUUCUGCUUUACUUCGUCUCCUUGCAACUAACUACCCACAUUUAUGCAUUGUGGAUGAUUGGAUCUGUGAAGAAGAGAUCACAGGGACUGAUGCCCUGUUAAGACGAAUGCUCCUGACCAGUAAUGCCAAAAACCACUCUCCUAAACAACUUCAAGAAGCAUUUUCAGCUGUCCCAGUAAGUCACACACAAGUGAUGCAGAUUCUAGAACACUUGACUCUACUCUCUGCCAGUGAACUUAUACCAUAUGCAGAAGUAUUAACAUCCAAUAUGAAUCAGCUGUUGAAUUCAGGGGUUCCGAGGCGAAUUCUUCAAACGGUCAAUAAACUAUGGAUGGUUCUUAAUACUGUGAUGCCUAGAAGGCUGUGGGUAAUGACAGUUAAUGCACUUCAACCGUCAAUAAAGUUUGUACGACAGCAAAAGUAUACUCAGAAUGAUCUGAUGAUAGAUCCUCUCAUUGUGCUAAGAUGUGAUCAGAGGGUGUACAGAUGCCCUCCACUGAUGGAUAUUACUCUACAUAUGUUGAAUGGAUAUCUUCUGGCAUCCAAAGCCUACCUUAGUGCUCAUCUGAAGGAAACAGCAGAGCAAGAUAGGCUUUCUCAGAAUAAUACAAUAGGUUUAGUUGGACAGACUGAUGGCCCAGAAGUUACCAGAGAGGAAUUGAAAAAUGCAUUACUGGCUGCUCAGGAUAGUGCAGCUGUCCAGAUUCUCUUGGAGAUUUGCUUACCUACUGAAGAUGAGAAGGCUAAGGGUGUCAAUCCAGACAGCUUGCUAAGGAAUGUUCAAAGCGUUAUUACUGCCAGCACUCCAACUAAGGGAAUGGAGGAAGGAGAAGACAAUUUGCUCUGUAACCUUCGAGAAGUUCAGUGCCUUAUCUGUUGUCUGUUGCACCAAAUGUACAUUGCGGAUCCCAACAUUGCUAAGCUUGUUCACUUUCAGGGUUAUCCAUGUGAACUUUUGCCUCUGACAGUCGCAGGUAUUCCAUCGAUGCACAUCUGUCUGGAUUUCAUACCUGAGCUUAUUGCACAGCCAGAACUUGAAAAACAGAUAUUUGCUAUCCAGUUGCUUUCUCACUUGUGUAUCCAGUAUGCAUUACCAAAGUCACUCAGUGUGGCUCGCUUAGCUGUCAAUGUCAUGGGAACUCUGCUGACAGUUUUAACACAGGCUAAGCGAUAUGCUUUUUUCAUGCCAACUCUGCCAAGUUUGGUCUCUUUUUGUCGAGCAUUUCCUCCACUGUAUGAGGAUAUUAUGUCUUUGUUGAUCCAAAUAGGGCAAGUCUGUGCCUCUGAUGUUGCCACUCAGACAAGAGACAUCGAUCCGAUUAUUACGCGCCUUCAACAAAUAAAGGAGAAACCAAGUGGAUGGUCUGGAAUCUGUAAAGAUCCAUCUUACAAAAAUGGACCUAGGGACACUGGAAGCAUGGAUCCUGAUGUACAGCUCUGUCAUUGCAUUGAAAGCACAAUAAUUGAAAUAAUAAACAUGAGUGUUAGCGGAAUUUAAGAAAAACAAAAAGCAAAAAAACUUAAAACAAAAAAAUGAAGCUGUUUUGCUGCAUAUACCCAACAUGAAUUUGCAUCUUAUAACAACUAAACUGAAUGGGAACAGUAACGUCUUGGAAUCACUAAAACGAUUCAAUUCAACAUGGAUACAAUUUAAAACUCUCUUGAGAAUUAUGCUUGCUUCUAUUUGAUUUGCAGUUCUUUGGAUCUACUUUGCUGGUAUGUUUUUUGUAGCAGCUGAGCUUUUUCUGUUGGGAGCACAUUUAAGAAACUCAUUACUGGAAAGUGAAUAUGGCCUUGUAUUAAGCUUUUGAAGCGAAGAAAAACUGCCAUGCCUUUGAUUUAAUUUCUUAUAAAAAUAAGUCUGUGGGUAGCCCUAGUAUUUAUCUGUCAGCUAGUAACAGAGUAUAUUGAUGCAAUGAUGAGAGGGAGAAAACGGGAAGGGAGAAUUCAGGAAAAAUUAGGAGUUUAGAUACCCAAAUAGAAACCUCUAAAACUUGCAAUGCAAGUAAGAGUAAUGCAAGAUGGAAUUCCUUUUCUCAAGAAAUAGUAUUGAGAAGGCUUUUAAAAAGGCAAAUAGCUUUUUGUGAAUGAUUUUCAUGGAAUUACAGAUGAGGAUUUUAAGAUUUUACAUAUUUGCUUCAAUUUUUACUAAUAUAUGAAGCCAUAUGUUUAAAGAGAUACUUGAAUAAUUUGGAAUUUUAAGAUACUGGUUUAAAAGUGUUUACAGAAACAUCUUUGUGCAGAGAAGAACCUGACAGGAUGUCUCAUUUAGUUUUUUUAAAGUUUAUUUUUAUAAUGGUCAGAGGGGGGAAAUACGUUGGUAUCUAAUUAAAGUUUAGAGCAAUAAAACCCACUGGAUUAAAGAGUCCUUGGUUUGUCAUCAGGAUUAUAAUUCACAUCAUAAUUCUAGAAGAUUUUGAAGUACAAAAAUAUAUACAGUGUUUGGAUCACAGGAAAAAUUUAAAAGGGGAAAAUACUGUGUUGUGGAAGGAUUUUGCAGUCCUCUUUUAGGAAUGUCCAUUGAUUAGGUAGAUGCAUUCAGAUAACCCAUAAUCCUCAUUUUUUUUCUUAAUGAAGUAUCCAGUGUAGAAGGUACUUCUCUUUGCUUUCUGAGAUACACCUGAAUGAACGCCUCCUUCCCACCCCACUUGAAACAGACCUCUUCACUUAUAAAAGAAAUAAGGCAGGCUGAUAAGAAAGUGUGGUUUUUAAGAAAAAAAAUUUAAUUUCAGCCUUUUCACUAGCAAAUAGUCACAUCUUAUUUUCCUUCUGUGUAAAACAGGAUUACUGCUGGCCCUACCUCAUAAGGGUAUUAUAUAUGAACUAAUUUGUAUCUGUUUCAAAUCAUGAAGUGCACAGUAUCAUCGAUGAGAGUAUUUAUAACUUUUAUUAGAUGCUUAAAGUUCAAUUAAGUAAUUUUGAUGCAAAAAAUAAAAGUGUACACUUAAAAACAAACUAUAAGAAUUUUCAUAUUUUUAAACAAGGCAGUUUUGUAGUCUUUUAAAAUUAAGUACAACUGCUCCUGUUUCGUUUUCUUUUGUUUUGUUUAAACUGAGGCUUUGGAAUAUCUUGUGUGAGUAGGUAACCUCUAGGAAUUCAGAAGAGGUUUUCUAACUAAAUGCAGUGCACAUUCCUGGAUCAAUUUUCAAAGACUGGUCAAAACCUGCUGUGUUAAAAUAAUAACAUAUGCUGUUUUUCAUCACGUUUGUUGAUGAUGUAAAUAAAAUGUGUAAAUAUAUUAGUAAAUGUUAAUAUUCAUGUAUUUUAAGUUAAGGUUAUAACAUUUGUCACAAUGUGAGUUUUUUUUAUUCAAGUGAAAAACAGAUGUGU